AUGUAUGCCCCACUGCUGCGUCCAGCUGCCGCGGGAGGGCGAAGCUUCAUGAGUUUGGUGCUACUGGCAGCCUCCUUGGGUCUGGCGAACGUGGUGAAGUCCUUUUGGGGAGGACCGAAGUCCAUCACGCUGCGCGUGCGUGUGUUGUGGAUACGGCAUGGUCUGAGCUGCGCCAACGUACUCAAUGCUUGCGCAGCUGGCGGAAAUCAGGCACUCUUGCCGCAAUUGGAAGUGGCAUUGCAACGGCUGCCAAACUAUACCUUGCACGACGCCGCCCAGUGUCACUUAGACGAGGGCUAUGGCCUUCGGGGGAGACCUCCCAAUGGCAAAGAUUGCACUGUGGAGGUGGUCGGAGAUUCACAGAGAUUUGUGACAAAGCUUCACCAUCUUCUGCUGGAUCCCGGUCUCACUGACUGUUCGAGACGCCAGUCACAGGAGGCAGGCCAUGCCUUGCUGCACUUCUUGGCCCAGGAAGACCUUCGAGUGCACUUCCUGGCUUCAAGCACCUUACUGCGCGCCAUUCAGACCGCCUAUCACAUGUUUGUGGCGCCUUGCAUUGGAAUUGGAAGACCGAAGCACUGCCAGGCCUUGGCCAAUUUGACUGUGACUCCGAUCCCCUUCGUAGCGGAACGCUCCAAACGACAAGAGCCUUUGCAGGCGGACAACUUUGCUGCUCCGUUGGAUGUGCAGGAGGAGCUCCUGAAAGGACUGCGACGCGAGCACCUGGAUCUGCGACGCUUCCGCCAUUGGCCACGCUUAGAGCAGCAGUACUCCAAGUUCAAGGCAUUUCUGGCCUUGCUACUACUGCCAUCACUCCGACCCAAUGAAGGCCUUGAUGGCCCCGUGAACCUGCAAGAGUUGCUGGAGGCAGAUGCCCCGUUGCAAUGGGCGAGCGGAAGCUACCGCGAAGGGCCAGGCUUUCAGCGCGUGGAGUAUGAAGCAAUGGAGGAGCCGGAGCUCUUGGUGGCACUGCUGGGCCAUGGCGCCAUGAUGUCGAAGGUGUGUCAACUGGAGGCGUCGCCCCAGAACAACGAGGUCCUUGAGAAGCUCUACAUCCUGGAGAAGUCCGGGACUGAAACACUCUUGCGAGAGUUGGAAGGAAGGUGUCCCAGGGUGAUGGCAGCACCGCAACAGCACCUCGAGGAACUCAGUGAGGAAGAUGUGGCCUCCUGUCGAGUCGGCUUUGAUGUGCCGGCCUUCCUGGACUUGGCCACUGAGCACCGACCGCCACCUUGGGACGCUGUGAGGCUAAGAGAGAUGCCUAUCGCUGCGAAUCCAACAAAAAAGGAGCCACCUCGCGAUCGCUGGCCCGUGGUCGUGGCCUGUGGUAGCACUGUCUUCGGUGUGGCGGUGCGUCAGCUGAUGUCUGUGACGCUCUACGCGGCAGACCCGAGUGAGCCCCUGGCCGGUGAUCAGCUGCACGAGUUGGUGGACGUGAACGCCAUGCUAGCUCUGGCUGCGUCGGGCACCGCCUCGGCGCUGGCGGGGGCGGCCCUGUCUGCGAAGCACAGCCAGCUUCGGAUCCUGCGGCUGAACGGCUUGUUUAUGUGCUGCAUUGCCGCCUUCAUGCAAUGGAGAGAUAAGUUGGUCAGGGAGCACGGGCCUCGCAGAGACCAGGACCAAGAGGAACUCGUGGACACGCCCAGUGCAUUGGUGGUGACGGCGGAGGGCCAUGUGAGCAAUCAAGAGCCGUUGCCCAUGGAAGGACCCACCCUGGGGCCCGGCAACUUGCCGCGCACGGCGCAAGAGGUCGCCAGGCUGGACUUGGUCUAUAGCAGUACACCCUUGGAGAAACUGCCCAGGUUCAUCGUGCUGGGCGCGCUCUCAGGAGCGCUGCUCGGCUACUUUGGUGUGGGCCCUGCUUGGGUGAUUGCGCCGCUGGUGACUCGAAGCUCUCCAGAGUGGAAGCAGAUUAUGGAGCUGGCAGAUCGCACGGCACAGUCGCCGCCAGUGCUCGGCCCAGACCAGGAUAGUGCUGAGUCAGGUCCAUUGUCAUUGGUGAGCGAUCUCAUUGGCACCGGGGGCUGUGAUGAGCGAAGCCGUAGGAUGAAGAGCUCGGCUCUGAACGUCUUUGAGCUUUCGUAUCGUUCCACCUUCAUCGACGUCACGGAGGGGGACCUCCAAAAUCCUCCAACAGUUCGCUCACAGAGCUGUCCACCUGAGACGUCUUCCGACCAGCUCGCAGACAUCCACUACGUCAGCAAGGAGCUUGCCACAAAAGGCUAUGUGAAUGAGCUGAAUAAUCGCAAGGGGCUGACAAGAAUGAAACCGCCGGUGAGGGACCAGGAGGAGGUGCCAGUGGAUGGACCUGCCUCGAAGAACGAUGAGGGUGGAGGUCCCGGUGUGGCGCUGCGAGCGGUGAACCCGGGCACGCUGGGACAUCCGCAUGUGUGCCGUCGUCGUUGCGUGCAUCUCUCAAGGGGAAAUUGCAGGCAAGGUGCGAACUGUGGCUACUGCCAUUUGGACCACACGAGAGUCACGAAAUUGGACAAGAAACAUCGCGCCAUGCUGGACGAGCUACCGAAGGGGGUUCUGAUGCUCACCGUCCUCCAUUUCUUGCGGUUGAACGCUGAGGAGCAUGACUUGCUCCCCUGGGCGAGGCCCUUGAUUCAGAUGUGUGAAGAGGAGGCGGCAGCAUUGGGCGGAACGCACAAGCGAUAUCAACGCUUGGACACUUUCUUGUCCAGGAUGUCCUUUGGCGCCAUUUUGAGCCUCGCGAGCCACCGAAUGAGCGACACCUUUCAACAGCGUGUGGCAGAGGCCGAACAAGAUAUCCGCGAGGCCCUGCCUCAAACACCUCUGGCAGAGGCUUUGGCAGCUGUUCCGGAGCAGGAGUGA